GACAGGCUUGAAAGCUACAGAGAAACCCUGUAUCAAAAAACUACAAAAAAAAAAAAGUCUUGUGUAUGGCUUCCCAAGGGGAAAUAUUUAUUGAACACCUACUAUGUGCUGGGCGUGUGGAUGAUGAGCCGUAACCAGUGGCCGCUCCCCAGAUGACUCCUUGACCUCCCUCCGUCCCCCCCAGGAAAAUGGUGCAGGGGAGCCCAGGCAAGUCUUUGCCCAACCUUUGUCUACACAAGCUCAGCUGCCAGUGAACACGGUCACACUCGGAUCCCUUCUGCGAUGCCUGAGGGGAGGGCAGUGAUAGCCAACUCCCAGUCCCUGACUACUUCCUGUGUGUUGGGCCACUGUUAGGACCCAAGCUUGUAUUUGAGAGCAAUGCACCCUGGAUCCAAACCUUCUAGCACCACACCUUCCCUGACCCAACCAGGGAUGGAGGCCGAAAGACCCCCGGAAGAAGAGGAUGGUGAGCAGGGUUCCCCGAAAGAUGAUCAGGGCUGGCCCCCUGUGAACUCCACCACUCGGCCUUGGCGAUCUGCUCCUCCCUCCCCUCCUCCUCCAGGAACCCGCCACACAGCCCUGGGCCCCCGGUCGGGCUCCCUGCUCUCCCUGCAGACCGAGCUCCUUCUCGACUUGGUGGCUGAGGCCCAGUCCCGCCGCCUAGAGGAACAGAGGGCCACCUUCCACACUCCUCAGGUCCCCCCAAGCCUAGCCCCAACCCCACCCCGACUUCUUGAGGACAGAGAACAGCUCUACAGCACCAUCCUUAGUCACCAGUGCCAGCGGAUGGAAGCCCAGCGGUCAGAGCCGCCCCUCCCCCCUGGGGGACAGGAGCUCCUGGAGUUGCUACUGCGAGUUCAGGGUGGAGGUCGAAUGGAGGAGCAGAGAUCCCUGCCCCCUCCACACACCUGCUGAGACCUAACUCCCAAACAGCCCUACUCUCUGGGACUCAAAGCUGGGCCACCCGGCAUGUCUUCAACCCUGUGUGGCAGGGGUACCAGUAACCAGAGACUGAAGACCCGGCAGU